UUCACGUCUUGUCAUAGUAAUCGCAAUCCAAUUGCGCAGUUAAGGUGUUGCGGUUCACCCGUACUGUACUUCGGGCUGCCAGUGGAGGCCUUCAUAGAGAUCGUUCAUCAUUCCCUGAAAUUUUAUGAACGAGUUUUGCUGUUUAUCCAGUGUUCGAGAUUCUCCACUACAUUUCCCGUUCGGGAGAAAGUGAGAACCAGUUCACGACCGAACUUUCAUAAGAAAGCCUUGGUGCACUGGAAGAUCGACGAAGAUACCUGCUACAACGACUCGAGAUAAUCACCUCUCUUGUGGCGAUCUCGGUAGAUAGUCGCCAGGAUGGGCUUCCACCAAUUCUUGAACCUUUCCUCCACAAUCAACGGCUUCCUGUUCUGCCGAAACGGUUGUUGCUUCGCCAUCGUCUCUAUUGUCCUGAGCUGUAUUUAUUGCGAAGGCCGUGCAGCCCGUUUAGAAUCGUCUAUCGUCUAUCCGAAAGUUCAUGAAACCAGAGACAUCAAACUACUUCGAGUUAACAAGGCGCUUACACUCACAUUAGAGCGCACUUCCACUAUUCUGGGGGACACCCUCACACUUCUCGAAGACAAUGGUGAUGGAAUUCGAAGCCAAGUGAUCAGUACUGACAGCAUCAAAAGAGGAUUGUACCAGGAUGUAAAACAUGCCGCAUCUGUACACCUAGAAGAAAAUGGAAACAGAGUUAUUGUCGAAGGUAUUCUUGGAAGCAAGCUACGAAUUGAACCUGUGCGAGGUCUGUCAGAGCGUGGGGACGAGGCUGUUGCCCACAGAGUAUAUACUGUUGAAGCGGCCGAAACCUAUGUUGGCGACGCAGUGCACUCGCCGAGCACUACUCAUGGGAUUGCUUUGUCAGAGCGUGAAGAUUUCGCUGAUUCAGUUCUGGCGGAUGUAUGCAUCGUGGUCGACUCGGUUCACAAUAACACAAUAAUAAAAAGUGGGAAGAACCUGCACGUCUACAUCACAAUUCUCAUGAAUGCCGUAAAUAUGAGAUACGGUCAACUCAAACGUCCAGGUUUUCAAAUCAAACUUCAGUGUAUCAUGCGGCUUUCUGAUCGCCAAGAAAGAAUCAAGUUUAAUCUCCAAGGAAACUCGUUUGAGUACCAGGAUUUUCUGCCACAAUUUGUCGAAUACAUCAGUAGCGACACCUUCAUGCGCUAUGGCGCUGUCUUCCUCUUCACAGGCCGAAAUAUGCUCGGCAGAGCAGGGACAAGCACAACAGGUGUCGCCUAUCUCGGAACGCUGUGUACAGAACACCGAGUAGGUAUUGCGGAAGACAUCCCAGGAACCUACAGCGCAGUUCGGACAGCGUCGCAUGAAAUGUUACAUAUAGUAGGAGUUUUGCAUGACGGCGUGUCGCCUCCAAGUUCAGAGCCUGGCCAUCCAGGAGCACGAAGCUGUUCAGCUACGGAUCACAUCAUGGCCCCAAGAGGUUCCGCCAAAAAUUCCCACGUACUCUCGAGAUGUACAAAGCAGCAGCUGGCGUUCUUCUUCAUGAACCACGACCAGAGAUGCUGGAAGAGUUUCAGCGGAACACUGACCUUCGUUCGACGUCGGCUGCCCGGUUCGCAAAUCACUGUCACCGCCUUCUGCAAGAUGGUGCACAAGAACGGCAAAAGCGGGGUUCUGCACAGGAACUGUUCAGUGAAGUGUGAGCCAUCGCCACCAAAUAAAGGAUUCUACGCUGGGCUUGAUGGCUGGUCAUGUGGAGAUAGAAAGAUGUGCAUCACUGGAAGGUGCUUGAAGAAAGAAGACGUUGUGCGCAUACUGAUUGACUGAUUUUUUAAAGAAAAAAUGGAGAUGUUAGUCUCGAGCUACUCGUAUAGCAGUUCCAAUACGUUCUUGUAACUCUGAAGGACGAUUGUUUUAUGCCACGAGACUAAA